GUAAAAUGAAACGUAAGCUGCUUCCUGCGCUCUAUAUAAACACCCACUUCUCAAGUCAUUCUUCAUCAUAUCCUCAUACAUACAGUUCAACAUUUAAAAACAACCAGAGCUCCUAGCUUAUAAUUAAGAUUUCUAUUAAGCUCCCAAGAUGACUAUCACAGAGAUGAAAGUCUAUAUGGAUUGUGCUGGCUGCGAGACCAAGAUAAGGAAGGCUAUUCAAAAACUAGAUGGAGUGGAUGAUAUCGAUAUAGACAUAUAUAUGCAAAAAGUAACAGUUAUGGGAUGGGCAGACCAGAGAAAAGUUCUUAAAGCAGUGAGGAAGACAGGAAGAAGAGCUGAGCUAUGGCCAUACCCAUACAAUCCUGAAUCCUAUAACUUCAACCAACAGUACUAUUAUCAGCAGCAGCAUGAACAAGAAACAGUUACUUACUAUGAAAAGAAGCCUACCCCUUCAUACAACUACGACAAGCAUGGCUACAAUGAAGAAGAGUUUGGUUACUAUCAAAAGCCAGUUUAUGCCACCAUUGUUGAUGAAGAAGCUAGUGCCCUCUUCAGUGAUGAAAAUCCUCAUGCCUGCUCCAUCAUGUAAUGGUGUGACUUAGGCAAUAUCUCUGAAUUUUCUUUUCAUCAUUUUUGUGUAUAAGAUGUAUUUUGGCCGAGUUGACUGAAAUUUUAUGAUAUAAGCAAAGGUCGUUUGUAAAUA